AUGGAUAGAGAGAUCGAAGCUAAAUCACAGGAGGGAAUGAAAAUGGCUUAUGCUUGCCCAUUUGAGGAGUGCAACAAAUACUACUCAAGACCUUCACUGUUAGAACAACACCUUCGUACACAUUCGAAUGAGCGUCCAUACAUUUGUGAGCAUUCAGGAUGUGGAAAAUCUUUCUUUCGUAACUCUCAUUUGAAAUCUCACCAACGUUCUCACACGAAUAUUAAGCCAUUUACUUGUGGCUAUGAAGGUUGCUCUUCUUCAUUCUAUACGCUUCAGCAUCUUUUACGACAUGAAGUUAUCCACAAAAAACCUAGGCCAUACUUUUGUACUUGGGAGGGUUGUCCAGAGCGGUUUGCAAAGCAUCAACAAUUACGCUUGCACAUAGCGAAUGAACAUACUCAUUCAUCACCUUUUCCUUGCACCGUUGCAGGAUGUGCUCAAGGAUUUGCGACGAAACAGAGACUUCAAAACCACAUCGAUCGUAUUCACGAAAAAAUAGUGACCUACAAAUGUCCUCACGAGUCUUGCCUUGAUAAUCCUGGUUUUGAAAAAUGGAGUCAAUUACAAGGACAUAUUCGCGAAGCUCACGUGCCUACUUGCUACAUUUGUAAAAGACGGUUUCGCAGCGCGGCUCAUCUUCGACACCAUGUUGCUCUUCAUAUGACAACUCUCGAAGAAAGGAAGUGUCUUAAAUGCUCUUACGAAGGAUGCUCCAAAUCGUUUACUAGAGGGUCUGCAUUGCGAAAGCAUGUUCAUGUAACACACGAAGGUGUAUUACCUUUCUCUUGCCCUAAUUGCGGAAUGAAAUUUGGAUACAAACAUAUGUUACAAAGGCAUAGUGAGAAAAGCAAAUGUCUUGAAUCAAGUGCUUCUCAAGAAGAUGCAACAAGCAGACAAAACUUACCAGUUAUCCCGGCUGAUGACAGAGAGAUAAAUUUGUCGCAUACCACUUCUGAUAUCGAGCAGGUUGUAAAUCAACUCACGGGAUACGGCUACGAAGGUAAUCGCCUCUUUCCUUGCCCAGUUCCUGGAUGUGAGUUCCGAUUUAAAAGACUUUAUGAUCUUCAAAGACAUGCGACUUCAUGUCAUGAAUUAUCUACGACUGAGGAAAGUACGCCAAAUGUAGAGGCAGUGUCCUCCUACCCACUAUCGUGA